AGGACCAGCGCCCUCUUUCGCGGCGGCAGCGGCUGCACAUGGCGGGGUCUGAGAGCGGGGCGGCGGCGAGGGGUUUGCUGAAUGGGGGCGACGGGGGCGGCCCGGAAGGGAAACGACCCCGGCUAGGGCCCACCCCGGCCUCCCCCUCGGGGCCCAAGCCGGGCAACCGCGUGACGGUGGUGCUGGGGGCGCAGUGGGGGGACGAAGGCAAAGGGAAGGUGGUCGACCUGCUCAGCCUGGACGCCGAUCUGGUCUGCCGGUGCCAGGGUGGCAAUAAUGCCGGCCAUACGGUUGUGGUGGAUUCAGUUGAAUACGAUUUCCAUCUCCUGCCCAGCGGAGUUAUCAACCACAACGCCACGUCGUUCAUUGGAAAUGGUGUCGUCAUCCACUUACCAGGACUGUUUGAGGAAGCGGAGAAGAAUCUUAAGAAGGGGCCAGGACUGGAAGGCUGGGAAUCUCGGACUGUGAUUUCGGAUCGAGCCCAUCUGGUGUUUAAUUUCCACCAGGCGGCGGACGGCAUCCAGGAACAGCAACGGCAGCAGCAGGCGGGCAAGAACCUCGGCACCACCAAGAAGGGGAUCGGCCCGGCGUAUGCCUGCAAAGCCUCGCGGACCGGCUUGCGCAUCUGUGACCUGCUGGCCGAUUUUAAUGAGUUUUCUAAGAAGUUUCGCGCUUUGGCUCAGCACUAUAAAGCCACAUAUCCGACUCUCAACAUCGACACAGAAGCUGAGCUGGAACAACUGAAGGUCUAUGCUGAGAAGAUCCGCCCCUUGGUCAAAGACGGUGUUUAUUUCAUGUACCAAGCUUUGCACGGCCCGCCUAAGAAGAUCCUGGUCGAAGGAGCCAACGCGGCUCUUUUGGACAUCGAUUUUGGUACGUACCCCUUUGUCACCUCCUCCAACUGUACCGUGGGAGGAGUCUGUACCGGCCUCGGCAUUCCCCCGCAGUACAUCGGCAAAGUGUACGGGGUCGUGAAAGCCUAUACCACCCGGGUGGGCGUUGGGACCUUUCCGACGGAACAGGACAACGAGAUUGGCGCCCUCCUGCAGUCCCGGGGGCGGGAAUUCGGCGUCACCACCGGCCGGAAGCGCCGCUGCGGCUGGCUGGACCUGGUGCUGGUGAAAUACGCCCACAUGAUCAACGGAUUCAGCGCGUAAGCCUCCUUCCCCGCGGGGCCGGGUCAGCCGAGGGUCUCCCCCGUCUGGUUUUAUUGCCCUUCCGAUCGGCCUCAGGCGGCACAGGGAGCCAUGAGGGAUGAUGGGACCUGCAGUCCAAAAGGCUAU